UGUUACUAACUAAGCAAAAUAAAUGAGGCAGGCAUGUAUACGUUUGUUGUAUAGCUAUUAAUUAUAUAUAAAUUGGGGCUACUAAGUUUGGAAAUGUAUGAGGAACAGGCAAAUGCAUCAUCAGGAAUGGCAGUAAGUGAUGACUGCAAAAUUAAGUUUCAAGAACUUAAAGCUAAGAGGAGCUAUCGUUUUAUUAUCUUCAAAAUAGAACAACAACAAAUUGUGGUUGAAUCCGUGGGUGGCCCCAAUCAAAGUUACGAUGACUUCACUUCUAGUUUGCCGAGCAACGAGUGUCGUUAUGCUGUCUAUGACUUUGAUUUCACUACUGAUGAGAAUUGCCAGAAAAGCAAGAUCUUCUUCAUUGCAUGGUCUCCUGACACAUCAAAAGUGAGGAUGAAGAUGGUGUAUGCAAGUUCUAAGGAUAGAUUCAAGAGAGAGCUGGAUGGAAUUCAAUUUGAACUGCAAGCCACUGAUCCAAGCGAGAUGAGUUUGGACAUUGUGAAAAGCCGAGCCAUCUAAUAAAACCAUCUAUAGCCUCUCGAAUUCUUCGAUCAAAUUAUAUUCAUCGCUAUCAAAAAGAAGCUAAGAUAUAUCUCUGUUAAUUAAUAGAGGCCCAUUGGAUUCAACUAAUUAAGUACUCAUCCAAAGUGGCAUGUACUAUUCCCUUCUUUAAUUCAUUUAAUCAAAGUCUGAAUCAUCAAUUAAUUGAUUAAUGCUUUAAAUAGUUUUUUUUUUCCAGAGCCAUUUGCCCAUCCCAUGACGUGUUUAUUCUUAAGUUGAAGAACAAUCCAAUCAAUUCAUUAACUUGUUGCUGGUUUUGUUAUUUUGGGUGGCAGAAUAAUCCUUAUUCCUAAGUCAAGUGUCUCUAUAAAAUCACUUGCUUCUUUUA